ACCACCCCAAAUAAAACCCGAGAAUUUCUAAAAAGUAGCGCUCCUCUCCAAAAAUUCCUUUCUAUUUAUGGCAAAAUAUCCCCUUUUAAUGGCGGAGGUAGCGUAGCGAUUUGGAUUUCUCGCUCCUUUGUCGGGGCCUUCUUUUUCUAGGGUUUCGCUUGGGGGAAUUGGAAGAGGCGGGUGGUGGGGACGAUGAUCCCGUCGUCGUCGUUGUCGUUGCCGUCGUUGCCGUCGUCGUCGUCCUCGGCGACGGUUAGGGUUGAGAAGGCGACGAGCGAUCUCCUUCUCGGCCCCGAUUGGACCUUGAACAUGGAUAUCUGCGACUCCGUUAAUUCCGAUCACUGGCAAGCAAAAGAUGUGAUCAAAGCUGUGAAGAAGCGUCUGCAACAUAAGAACCCAAAAGUUCAAUUUCUAGCUCUGACGUUAUUGGAGACGAUGAUGAAGAAUUGUGGUGAUUAUGUUCAUUUUCAAGUUAUUGAACGCGAUAUUCUACAAGAAAUGAUCAAAAUUGUCAAGAAAAAGACGGAUAUGCAAGUGAGGGAUAAAAUCUUAGUACUGCUUGACUCUUGGCAAGAAGCAUUUGGCGGGCCAGGAGGGAAGUAUCCUCAAUACUACUGGGCCUAUGCUGAACUAAAGAGAUCAGGAGUAGAGUUCCCGCAACGGUCUCCAGAUGUUGCUCCAAUAUUUACUCCUCCGAUCAAUCAUCCUACUCCUCUAGCUAGACUUUCUCAACCGGCUUAUGGGGUGCCUGUCACUUCUACUGUGACACUCGAUGAAGCAAUGGCAUCUGAAAUGGCUAGUUUGAGCUUGUCGGAUUUGGACCGUGUGCGGAGUGUAAUGGAAUUGUUAAGUGAGAUGCUGAAAGCUGUUAAUCCCAGUGAUCGUGGGGCUGUCAAAGAUGAAGUAAUCACAGACCUUGUCAGCCAAUGUCGCUCAAAUCAAAAGAAGCUUAUGCAACUGGUAAACACAACCAUGGAUGAGGAGCAUCUGGAGCAAGUUCUUCAAUUGAAUGACGACUUGCAAAGUUUGCUUGCGAAACAUGAUGCAAUAGCCUCAGGCUCCCCUUUACCGACUGAAAUACCAAGACCUACUUCAAGCCCAAGUACACCUGUUGCACCUGCACCUGCACCUGCACCUGCACCUGCACCUGGAUCUCCAAUGCCUAAUAGGUCGAAAGAUGAGGAGGAAGAGGAAGAAGAUGAGAACGAUGAGUUUGCUCAGCUGGCUCGAAGGAACUCAAAAUAUAAGCAAGCAAGCACUGAAAGCACUUCAGCUAGAGUCGGGGUUCAAUCUUCUUCCGAGAACUAUGCUGGUGCAACAAGUUCGACUGCUCCUAUUACGAGCACCGCAGCCUCAUCUUCUGGUGAGAUGAAAGUGUUGGCUGUACCUGAUUCUCUGGCCCCUGUUAAAACUGCCACUAAGGAGCAAGAAGUUAUUGACCUCCUCGCUGUUGCUUUGUCGUCAAAUGCUUCACCACCCCAUACUUCACCUGCCCCUCCUGCUUAUUCUGAACAAAAUAGACAACUGGAAUCUGGCUCCCCCAUUGUAGGGGUGCGGCCUUACAAUUCCCAAACGUUCGCCACGAACCAGGGGUAUGUGCCUUACAACACUUAUGUUGCCCCGUGGGCUCAGCCUAGACCUCAAAUUCCACCGCCUCAACCUCAGCCUCACCAUCAGCCUCCACCUCAUCUUCAGUCUCAAUCUCAGAUUCCGCCACCUCAACCUCAGCCUCAACACCAUCCUCAACCUCAGGUUCAGCCUCAAUCUCAAAUUCCGCAGCCUCUACCACAGCCUCAACAUCAGCCUCAGCCUCAGCCUCAGCCUCAACUUCAAACUCCAUCACCUCAACAUCAGCUUCAACAUCAGCAUCAGCCUCAGCCUCAGCCUCAGCCUUACCCACAAUCUCAACCCCAUGUCUCAUAUAACUUGUCUCCCUACCCACCUCCGCCUUGGGCUGACGCUCCGGCCAAUCCCGUUCCCAACCCUUUUGUACAACCGACAUAUCAGCAUCCGAUGCAAUCAUCUAGGCCUUUACAGCCCUUCAACUCGUUUGGUCCGAGACCUCGCGGCACCUUGGCAACUGGAGAAGCUCAGAUAAAUGUGAAUCCGAGGCAACCAGGGUCUACUGCUUCUCCAAAACCCUAUUAUUUGUCAAAUAGGUUAUUCGAGGAUCUGAUAGAGUUGAGAAAUGCAGAUGGUAGUCUGAAAACGAGCAGAACUGGUAUGCCUGCCUCAUCAAAUCAAUCUAUUAACAGUGAUAGAAAAUAGAAACUCUUGUUUGAUGCAACUACUUGGGGUAAGAGCGAAAUCAUGGCAAACUCAACAAACUCUUAUAUGUCGCGGUGGUGCCGAGUAUUGUAUAUCCCGUUUUGUCGAAUCUCUUAUUGAUUUGUAUCAGUAUAGCUGCAAUGUCCAGCUAUAAAUAGUGUCAUAAACAGAUAUAUCUGUAAAUAAUGUUUGGCAGAUAGGAAACUAUGUAGAACGGUCGAUCCGUUGGCUGUCGUUGGCUCUCUCUUUUACUCAA